UAUCUAUCGCUGUUUUUAUUUUUCUAGCUCAGAUUAUGGAUAUUUAUCCUGGAGUUAUCGACAGUGAUCCUACUAAACUACAAGAAAGACAUUAUUACUUGUUAUCUGAACUGCAAACUUUAGUCAAAGACUUGCCAAGCUCAUUCCAGCAGCGCUUGUCCUACAACACGCUUGGUGACCUGGCUUUAUCCCUCAUAGAUGGAACAGUGUACGAGAUUGUGCAGGGCCUCCUGGAUAUCCAACAUCUGACAGAGAAAAAUCUGUACAAUCAAAGACAGAAGCUACACUGUGAACACCAAGCACUUAAACAAGAACUUCUGCGAAAACAUAAAGAUGCUGUACAGACAUGCAAGUCUCACAACCUUACACUUCUCAAAUCAAACCAACAAGGAGAGCUUGAGGCUUUGGAAGUUCGAGUGCGAGAAGAGCAAAAGAUGAUGGAUAAAAAGAUUGUUGCAGAAAUGGAUCAAAAGGUGAUCGACCAGCAGAACACCCUGGAGAAAGCAGGAGUUCCUGGAUUCUAUAUCACCACCAAUCCUCAGGAACUGACGAUGCAGAUGAACCUCCUUGAACUGAUUCUUAAACUUCAACAGAAGGAGUCACAGUCUGGACUACAAUGAGAAAUGCAACAGAGGCCUUGUCGUGCCAGAAGGAACAAUAAUUACACUGUAGACAAUGAGAAAAGUUCAAAUAAUCUUAUGAUUGUUGAGAUUCAGCUUGCUUCAGCCAGCUGUUUCUAAUUAGUAAGAAGUUCACAAAGUGUUAAACGUGUUCUCUGUCACCGGGUAUACACCUCAAGUUGGAUGGUAUAAAAAAUUAUUUGGGCACAAUUUAAAUGAUGCAAACAUGCAUAAGAACA